AUGUCUCCUCCGUUGACCCCUUCAUCCUCCUCCUCCUCCUCCUCCUCCUCCUCCUCAUCCUCCACUGACAGCACGUGCACUGAACGGGACAUCGAAGAAGCUCUCAUAGGCUCCUGGUCCCUCUUGGAAUACUUCUCCGACCCCUUUGACGGCAAGGGCCCCUCGCUGCAUCCCAUGGGCCCCGACGCACGGGGCAUCCUCACCUACCACCCCGACGGGUGCAUGUCUGUGCACCUCAUGCCCUCCCCCAAGACAGGCAAGAAGUCUCGGACGGCGCUCAACGAUGGCUUCAUGUACGCCGGGAAAUAUUGGGUGGAGAGACAUGAGCGCGAGAAGAACAGCUUCAUCGUCUGUCAUCGAGCCGAGAUGGCUUCGUUGCUGCACCUGGAAGGAAGGGUGCACAAGCGGCAGGUUACGUUGUCGAAUCGGAAUCGCCUCGUGUUGUCUUUUGUGGGAUUUGAGGAAUUGAAUAGAGACUGA